AUGGCCGGGGACUUGAACUUGAAGAAAUCAUGGAAUCCAGCUUUGGUCAAGAACCAGCAGAAAGUAUGGGAACUCGAGCAAGGAAAACUUAAGGACUACAAAGAUUAUCAGGAGAAGAAGCAGGAACGCAAACGAGAAGAAGAAUACCUCGAACUUCUCAAGCUCCAGUAUGGCGACAAUUUCAAUCGAGAUCAGCUUUCGCAGAAAGAGAAAUUGAAAGUCUCAAAGUUGAGCUGGAUGUAUGACGACGUCCCAUUUGAAGGACCAGCGCAGGAAACGACGAACUCCAGUGGAUUCAUUGAAAGUAACCAAGAAUUCAACGAAGGUAAAAAUGAAGUUGAGCAAAUGUUGAAUGGCAAGUAUGCCAUGAGCAAGAAAGCUAGAAACGAUGGAUCUACAAGCGAGCGAAUGAAUAAGAUUUUGAAAGCUGAAAUGAGUACCACGGGUGGUGCUUCAAGCAAUAACAAGUUUGCAGAUGAUCCCUUGGCGAUGAUCAAACAGCAGCAGCAACAAAAACAGCAACUACUACGCCAUAGACAGAAGCAAGUGGGUAGUCGGACGUCGGAUGGAGCUAGGGAACGACUGCUGCGUCAUAAGGUUGAUGAAGGGAGACAUGGUUCAAAGCAUAGGGUUCACAAGGCUGGCGAUAGCGACAGGAAUGGGGAAAGCAGACGUGAGCAUAGGCCGAGAGAUGGAGAUCGUCAUCAUCAUCAUUCCCAUAAAAGCCGAGACAAAUCAAGUCGAGUCAGAUCACCUACAAGAGAAAGCUAGUGCCAGGAGAAACGUGUCAUCAAAUAUACGAAAGAUCUGACAUUUAUCUCCAUAUAAGCAAAAAAACAGCAAAGUUCACCAGGACGUGCUCACACAGAAAACGCCACCCUUGAGGAGUAGUCAACCCCGUUCAAGCUGAUUAUCAAAAUGUUUCGGUUUCCCGCUGCCCUGGGUCAAGUUCACCCUUCAAGACGCGUCAGUCUGUGAAAUUUCCAACCUACUUUUCAAGUGUCAAAGUGUUGCAUUUUCCAUACAUAGAUACAUGGAAAGAGAAGCACUCUACAGACGCGCAAACUUACCAGGUGGGGUCAAGUCUGCUUGAUAUCACCAGUGUUGGGCAUUUUCAUCAGCUAAAUAUAUAAUAAUAAAGUCCCGAUACAUCAGCAGCAGCUGUAUUCGUCCACUGACAGUCCCCAUCCUGGUCCCAAUCUUCAAUAGUGUCAAUCUGAAUAUAUAUGCAUAUGUGGCCUGAUGCAUGUAUGCUUUCCCCAUCGAUACGCGUACGAAUUUGUAUAUCUCUCUCUCGCUCAAAGAAAAAAAAUUGAUAUUGAAAUUGAAAAUUUAUAUUAAGAACCCUUGAAGUUCCCCCCCCCCCCCUUCCAAACAAUAACCACUCAAUUCAGACCAACUUACUUUCCAACUUACUAAGUUACUCAGUUUCACAAUGUCGCAGAAACCAAGAUAUCUAACGGAGGCCGAGAGGCAAAAGGUGCUAGAAUUCCAAGAUAUGAUCCACUAUAGUCCUCGUUACAGUGACGACACCCAUGAAUAUAGACACGUAAUGUUACCCAAGAACAUGUUGAAAGUUAUACCCCUGGCUUACUUCAAUCCCGAGACUGGCACAUUGAGGAUACUACUUGAAGAAGAAUGGAGAGGGUUGGGAAUAACGCAAAGUUUGGGCUGGGCACACUACGAAACUCACGCUCCCGAGCCUCAUAUUUUGUUGUUCAAAAGGGCCAUUGGCUAUGGCCAGUGA